AGUGAUAUAUUUAACUCACCAUCCUACAGCAACAAAAUCACAACUCAAACACAAAUCGUAGUAUUAAACAUAAACGGAAAAUCUAGCUCUAUCUAAUUGUGUUCUUCAAAUUUAUUUUAUAUUGCCACUAAAUCACAAGUAUGAUUUUAUUUUAGCACAAUAACGUAUAUUCGAUUCAACAAACUUCUACUACUAGCCUAUUUCAUGACCUAAAAGUUGGGGUGAAAACUGGUUAAACGGGGUUAACGGUAUUUUUCAGAGGAUUGUCUUAAAUACCAUUUUCUCUAUGUGUGUGAACGCAGCGUCAACCAGCAACACGCAGUGACUGACGUCUCAGCACGGGCGUGGACCGCGGCGGCGGGUGCGCAUAGUCGUGGAAAGUAGGUGGCAGCAGCUUGGGUAAUGAUGGGGGAAGGCGGUGGAGAUAAAAUGCGUGACGGGUAAUUUAGUGUUAGCACACUCGGAUUCCGAAGAACGUGGCUGUGUGGUGCAGGGCUUUUUAUUUCACAUUUCUGGCAAAUAUAGUUAUAUCAAGAGCCACCAUAGCCCCCUAAAUUUUUACUUUUCCAACUGUUUUUAUCCACAAGAGUAGACGUCUGUGUUCUCUCAUGCUUACCUCUCUCAAGUUUGUCAUCAGAGAAAUUUCUGAAUCAGCUUUUAAUUAAAGUCCACACUGGUUGUGAGGUUUAUUGAUGUGGGUUAGGUACUGUAUUUAUGGUUAUAUUGACAGUGUGUAGGAGUGUGUGUCCUCAAAUAAUCUCUCUCUCUCUAAGCAAAUCUAUUGUAGGCUAUUGUUGAAGAUGUGCAGCAGCAAACACACUUUGGUAAUUAUUAUUACAGGUUUGGUUUUGUAGUGCUGUUAUUUUGUCCUAGGCUAUCACUGCAGAUAACUAUCAGAUUGGAUAUUAUGCUACCCGCCUGCCAGCUUUCAAACUGUUUAACUUUUCUGCAAUAAACUGAAUUGUCCCUCUCUAUGUGGCUCAUGUCUUAUGUCUGUCCAAGUUAAUGGGAAAAAAUAAGAAAACCAAUGUUUUUGUGAGGCCCAGUGCUGUGUCAAGUGAUUGGCUCAGUGAGUGUUUGUAGCUCCAGCUUGGAAGGUAUUUCCUGAUUGGUCGCUGUGAGCACCAUGGGUCACUGUGGAAGCCCACGUACAAGCGUGGCCUUUCAGUGGCUGUGAACAGUGCUUGGUUUUCAUUUCGCUUACAUGUGGAGGCUUGGAGGCAGCCAGACCUGCAGUGACUUAGGGUUGCUAUGGCUUUGUCCUUGUUACUUCCCAAUUGUCUGCAUGUCACACUAAUUUUUCUCCUGUUACAUGUAGGUAAUUGCUUUCUGACGGAACCAAAACUCUGUGAUUCAAGUUGUGCUGGGCGUUCUACCCCUGACUUGUUCUAUCAGAGAGGGGUGAGGUAUACUUACAGGUAUAGCACGACAAUUACCACAACCCUUCAUGGCUCCAAUGCUGGCAGGAAUGGACUGGCUUUGGACUGUGUGGUUGAUAUCGAUGUGGUUUCAAAGUGUCACCUUAUGAUGCAGAUUAGGAAUCCACAGAUAAAGCGGCUUUCCCCUCAGAAGGAGCACUCUGUUCAGCGUUUAAAGAGCUUGAGGGAGUCACUGGAGAGAACGCGCCUCAAGUUCUCCCUCCAGGGGGGAAAGGUCACGGCCCUCUGUCUCCAGGAGGGGGAGCAGGUGUGGGCCCUCAACAUUAAAAGGGCUCUACUGAGCAUGCUCCAGACCUCCCGCAUGGGAUCCAAACAGGAAUUAGAAAAGGAGACCGAUGUGUAUGGGACGUGCACCAGCAGGUAUGAGAGGAGAGGACCUGUUCUGCUGAAGAGCAGGGAUAUAAAGCAAUGCCAACAGUCCAGGCUGGCAAACUUCUGGCCCCAUUCAGUAUCUUUAACUGAAGAUACAUCAGUGCAGUCAGAGCUGCACUGUGUUCAGAGGCAUGGGUUGCAUGGAGUGAUGGAAGAGGUCAACUGUACUGAAGCCAUUUCCAUGGCAACAUGGUCCACGACUGCAGGGCUGGUGAAGACCCAAACAGUGUCCACCCUGCUUCUCCUCAGAGCCCAGCCAGGGACUCCUUCAGGAGCAGAUUCCUUAGGUCCUGGUGUGUUAACUGACCUGCAAUUUGAGGACGAGGGGGCUGCAAGGCCCGAAAAAGCCAGAGCAUCAACACCUCAGCAAGCCAGUCAAACUGUCAGGAUUUUAUGUAGCCUCACCUCAGACCCACAACUGGCAUCACAAGAGUUCCUUCAGUUGGCUUUCCAGCUGAGAGAUCUGACUCUCUCUCAACUCAAGACACUUUGGCAGGAAGCAUCUUUCAAGUGCCGUAAUGACUGGCAGCCAUUGUUGGAUGCAUUACCAGCCUGUGGAUCUGAAAACUGCAUCAUACUACUGACUGACCUAAUGAGGAACAAAGACCUGGAGGAGGAGCAGGCUUAUGCUUUUCUCACCACCAUAGCCCUCAUCCCUCAUCCAUCGCCACAGAUCAUCGACUCCAUCAAUGCCUUACUGGAGGUCCAAGAGGUGCGGUCCAAGGCGCUGUUAGCUGGAUCAUCUCUGGUCUAUCAACUGUGCCAAAGGUCUCAAGCCUCCUGUAGUGAACUUCCGCAGGUACAGACCUUUAUACAGACGCUUAAGGAAACCCUGAAGGAGGGCUGCGAGGGAGAACAACCCACUCGAUUGAAGGUGCUUUCAGACGCACACAAGCUUAUUUAUGCACUGAAAUCGGUGGGAAACACCGGUCUGUCUGCUCCGGUCUUCAUUCCUCUGCUAAACCACUUCAUGCUCGGCCACUCAACUACACUGGAGCUGAGACUUGCUGCCAUCCAAGCAUUCAGACGCUUUCCCUGCUCAGCUGAUAGAUCUGUGCUGUUGCAGCUGUACCGCUUCUCCCAGGAGGAUCCUGAGGUCAGAAUCGCUGCAUACCAGCAGCUCAUGCACUGCCCCGAUCAGGACGUGUUUGAAGUGGUGAAGACGACGCUGAGGAACGAGACCUCCAGCCAAGUGGGCUCAUUUGUGUGGAGUCACCUGACUAAUGUCCUGAGGAGUGAGGACCCCAUGAAGCAGGCCUUAAUCGAGUCACUGCCUGACAACAUUAUCAGCAGAGACUUUGAAGCUGAGUUUUUGAAAUUCUCCUCCUAUUCAGACUACACUGUUUCAUCAGGCAUGGGAAUUACAAAUGUGGAAACAUCUUUGGUUUUCUCUCCCAAAUCAUUUCUACCAAGAUCUGCCACUGCCAACCUGACGCUUUAUUUUCAUGGCAGAGCUCACAACCUCUUGGAAGUGGACCUUCACGUCGAAAAUGCUGAACCACUUUUGAAAAACGUUUUUGGUCACCAGACCCACGACUCUGAUGAAGAAUCUAUGGCUCAAAGUCGAAAGUCGCAGUCCAAAGAGGCUAGGAGGACAAGAAGAAAAACAGACAAUGGCCAUAGUGCAGAAAAAGAAAUGUGUUUAUCUGGCACAAACAGUUAUCUGAGCCAAGCCAGGGCCAUGUUGUUUGGGAGGUGGAGAACCGAGGAGAAUAGGCCCAAGUGUUGGGUCGGCGUGAAGGUGUUUGGCAAUGAGCUCAGCUUGUUCACAUGCAAAGAUCUCUACAAUCAAAUUGACCAGCUGUCGCUGAGCGUGGCAGGACUAUCUGUCAAACUGCUUAAGGGUCAUGAGGUUCAGCUGAACCAUAGGGCCGUGCUGAUGACAGACGAGCUGGUUUUACCGUCUCUGUCUGGUUUGCCCGUCAAACUGGGCAUCAACAUGACCUCCCUCCUGUCGCUGCGUCUGAAGGGCAACGUCAACUACAGGGAUACUUCUCUCUUCUCCCUGACUGGAUACAUCAAACCCAAUGCCUAUGUGGGGCUGUCUGCCAGGAUGGGGGUUGAUGGUGCUUUGGGUCAGGCUGCAGUGGAGUGGGUCUCUGAGCUGACGAGCUCCACCAGUCUGGAUGGCAGUGUUCAGCUGCAGGAGGGGCGGGAUGUCAGGGUCACACUUAACACACCGGAGGAUGUCAUGGACAUCAUCUCUCUCAGCUCCAGAGUGUUUCGGCUCAGUGGAGACCACAGAGAGGAGAUAAAGGGACCGAAGAGUCGAGUCCAGAAAACCACCUGCACACCAAAGACAUGGUCCAAGAUGGUCGGCUGGCAGCUGUGCUCCAAUGCCUCUUACCCAUUAGCUGCCACAGGUGUUUCCCUUCCCGCUCCAGGACCUGUCCACCUCUCCCUCAGGCUGCUGAAGCUGGACAGAGGUCUCCAUUACUACCUGCUGGAGGCUGCUUACUCGCUGCUCCCUCAGAGAGGAACGUGGCUCCCCAGAGAGGCCUCCAUUCACCUUCUCCUGGCCACACCUCAGUCCUCUAUCCCGAGGGACAUGUCUGUGGACUUGACAUUCAACCCUCACAGACUGCUGCUAAGGAUCACCCACCCUCUGAAAACCAUCCACAUACAAGGGCAUCUUGAACAAGAGAGGAACAUAAAAUCAGGAAAGCUGGAGCUGUUGAUUGAUGGUGUUCAUUAUUAUAUCAUGGGUUUGGUCGACACUCAGACCCUCCUGUCAGAGCAGAGAACGCGGUAUCACCUUGAAGCCAAAAUGGCCGCUAAUGGACAUCCCAUGAUCCUCUCUGCUAAUGUUACUCGUGGACUGGGUAGGAAGACCAGCUUCUCUGCCACAGUGAAGAAUGUGUUCAGAGAAACUGCAUCACUGUCAGUGGCCCUGGAGCGCAGACAGGAUGGCAGAAGCAGGCAGUACUCUGUGGAGGCGGAGCUUCUGUUACCCGGUGUGGUCGGCACCAGGAUGCUGGGACUGAUGGAGCAGAAGGGCUCACUGUGGAGCUCCGCACUCAGGCUCAAAUAUGGUCUGGGAGGUGAUGCCCGGUAUCUGCGUCAGGAGUGCUACACGUCUCAGAGACUAAGGAGUGAGAGGGACUCAAACCUUACAUACAUCAUUAGAGCAGAUCACGAGUUCUCCUGCUCCAACACGGCUCCUAUCAACCACAAGAUCCACCUCAGGCACGAGGAAAGCCCCAGCCACAUUAAAUCAGCCCUGGACAUGAGCUACGGCAAACACUGGGAUGAGAUCAACAACAAACGCACACUUCUUCUGAGCCAGUCCUUCAAAAACCAAUCCACACAAAAUCACACCAGCUACACACUGGAGUUCAGUCUCCAGGUGCCAGAGAAGAAUUUAAAUUACAGGACUCAGCUUCUGCACUCUCACCUGAGACAGCUCGGGUCGGAGAGCAGCACUCACCUCAAAGUCAACUACAACAACUUGAUGCCGCUGGUGGCUGGAUUACACUGGAAAAGCCCUCCCAAAGACACCCCGCAGAAAAAAUGGGAAGGCACAUUUAACAUGGACACGCCUUGGCUGUAUAUCUACACUGCCCACAAACUGAGCCAGCACCAGCACCACACGCUCCAGCUCACCUCAGAGCUGACAGCCAGCAAGUGGCUGACCAUCCCUAACCUCAUGCUGGAGGGUUUCUACAGGGACAGAGGCAGAGAGAGGGAGGCCCGUCUGGAGCUCUACACAUCAGCUGCCACCUACAUCCAAGCAGGAGGGUGGGUCAUGGUGGGGAAGCGAAGUGUGAAGGCCUCUGGUUCAUUGAGCUCGUUGUGGACUUCACCUUUGAGAGGAGACCUCUCUCUGGAGACUUUUAAGUUCAGCCACACCCUGCAGAUGGCCUCCACCUAUGGCAAGCACAACGUCAGCCUCGCUGCCGCCCUGAACACUGUGGAUAAGAAUUUGAAAAAGAAGCAAGCGAUACUGAAGAUGACUUUCUCGAAGCCGAAGAGUCCGUCCACAGAACUGGAGUUUGAGGGAGUAGUAGAGGAGCUGAGGAAGGACAAGAAGAUGUAUCAGAAAACAGCAAUGCUCCAGCUCAGACAGCCCUUCCAGGCCUUUCCUCAGACUCUCCUCCUGCGGGAGACUUUCACCAUCGACCUCCUCAAAGGCCUCUACAUCCUGGAGUCGAAAGCUGGUUUUCAUGGCAAUAGAGAGGUCAUCCACACCCUCACCUUCGGCUACCGACCACCAAGCCCUUUUGUUUGUUCUGGACUCAUCCAUCCUUUCAGCUCUGACACUAUUCCUUCAGACUCGGAAAUCUGUGUGACCAUAACCAGCAACCAGACCCAGAAAGACAUACAGGGGAGGUUACGGGUCGGUAGCAAGGAGAGACUGACUUUCUUUGGACAAGUUCAGUUGAACCCUUUGCACUCAAGUCACCAAGCGAUUAAAGUUAGAGCCAACUUCUCCCAUCAGCUCCAGCUGCAGCUCCCCUCCUCCGCUAUAGUGGAGGGAAAUGUAUUUUGGAACCCCAAAAACAAUAGUGACUUUGAUUAUCAGGCCAGAGGGAAACUGAGAAUAGAGCGACAGGAGUGCCAACUUUCUGUACAGCUCAAUAGAACUUCAGGAAGAGUUGGUCUUUAUUCCUCUCUCAGCCAUCCCUUCAAAUCAAAGAUUCCCAAAACAUUAGAGGUAAAUGCCACUGCAAACAUGUUUGCAGUGGCUGGUACAGGAAGUAGCUCAGUACAUGUGAGGGUUGAUGGAAAAGACAGGGUGAAGCUGGACGCCCAGAUGUCCCACUCCUUCCUUAGGGGAGACACGGCCAUUGGACUGAGGUUGAAUGUAUCCCAGAGCCUGCUGCCUUCUGCCACUGACCUGCAUGUAAACCUGGCUGCCAACAUGUCCUCAGAUAGCGUGUCUCUACAUGGCUCCUAUACACAGGGGCAUGAGGCUCUGCUGGCUCAGGUCAAAGGGUCGCUAAAAGACACCCGGGGUCUACAGCUGGCUGUGUCCGGGGACCUGAGGCACUCCAUGGCCAACCUCGCUAUUUUGCCUCCAGUCCUGGGGUUGGACGGGGUGCUGGGACGGUCUGACACCCUCAUUGAAGGACAGCUGAGAGUUAGAGUGAUGGAGACCCUGUACAGUGCGGAGCUGAGGCAUCAGGAGGAUCCCGGAGAUUCUUCAGACGGUGAAGAUAAAGAGGGCAUGAUGGGAAAGAAAUUCCAUGUGGCCCGUGAUUGGCUGUGUGUUUGGUUAGGGGCGGAGAAUUUGUGUGUGAAUGUAAGCCGCCGACUGGGGGGUCGAAGGACGGGCGAGGUCUACACCAGACUAUCUCACUCCUUCCACCUGUUCAAUGCCACAGGUGUACCUGCCAGCAGUAAUGCCCAGGUGAGGUGGGCCCAGGAUGGUGGUCGACUGUCAGUCCUUGCAGAGCUUCAGGCUGGACCUGAACAUCUAAAGGCUGAGUUUAAUGGAGGCAAGACAGACCAGGUUACCCCACGAUGGGAGUACUUCUCCAGGCUGCAGCAUCAAGUCAAAGCCCUGCUGAAAACAGGUGUAUCAAGCUCUAUACAAGCCAAAGCACAUUACCAGUUAGAAACAGAAGGUCUGGACACAGGCUUGGUCCUUCACAUGGAAGAUGAGAGAAUGAUUGACAUCCUUUUUAACGUUGGAUCGAAAAACAGCGCAGCUAUGUUGGUAUUGUCUCUAUGGCAACAGAUGAAGCUGCUCCAGGGAGUCAUACCCUCCUCUUUACAGAUGAACUGCACAGGGGACACCACUGCAGACCGACUUUCAGCCCAGUGCUAUGGAAAUGUGGCGGGUCGCCCUGUGGAGACUCUCCUGCCGUCGCAGACUUCAGCCAACAUCUCCAUCACCCGUUCUGGCUGCUCAACUAAUCUCAGUACCGUGCUCCAGGUAGAGGGGGAACAGAAAGGCAGCCUUAGUCUGCAUUUAACUUGUCACCCCCACAUUGGUCUGAAAGCAUCUGUACAGCACACUAUAGAGCCAGUACAGAUGCUGGGAUUUCCUGCCCAUGGAGCAUUAAUACUGAAUGUUUUAACUGCACAUCUGCCUGGUGUGGAGGUUGGCCUUGAGCUGGGACGUUGUUAUUUUAGGGGUAAUUUGGGGAAGAUCAAGGCUUCACAGACAGAAGAGGAGCAGUCUUCCUACGCUGUAAAUGUGACCAACUACUGUCCUGCUCUACAGGGAACGAUCCUCCCAGUGUCCCUAGCUCUCCAGGCCCUCCUCUCAGUCGUCCCCUGCCAGCUUACCAUGACCUCAUCUCUGAGGGCAGACAGCCAGGACCUUUCCCUGGAGCUGAGUCAGUCCUGCAGGCCUGCACGUCUCUCUGGGACCCUCACACACUCCUUCCUUGGGCUGAGGAUCCAAGGUGUACCCCAGAUAAUCACUGUAGAGGCAACUGCUCCUAGAGGCCCUGAGCAGGCUGGGGGCCUGUUUAUUAAAGCUGGGACAUGUUACAUUAAAGCCGAUAGAGUCGUAGAGGCCAAAGGAAGGACACAGAUGCUCUGGGUUCUGGAGUCAAAGUGCCCAAUGUUAGAGGCUCAUUUGAAUGGAUCAGUGUGGCAGGACCUUCAUGGUAUCUGGACAGCGACGGUGGACACCCAUGUGGAGGGCAAAAGGGGUUUUCUGAGGCUGAAUGCAAGGGCCUGGCCGGAGCUGAGUGUGGAGGGCGAGCUCAGUCACAACCUUCCUGCUCUCAAAGGUUUACCGGAGCACAGCAGACUGAGAGUCACCUGUAGGGCUGGAAAAACCCAAUAUGACACCGAAGCCCUCAUUCAGAUGGAGGAGUGUACAGUUGGAGUCAGAGGAGCUGUGAUGUCACAGCCAGGCCUGCAGGGGUCGCUGGUGUACCACAACAACUGCACAGUGAUUCAGAAGUGGGGUAGUCCUGACAAGAUGCAGUCCUCUGCAUUGUUGGUUGUCUCCCCAACUCUUGCAGAAUCUCAAGUCUCCAUGGUGAUAGAUGAUACAGAGUUAAAGACUUCAGUGGCUCUUAAGAAAACUAAGGAUACAAUUGAAGCAUUGCUCAAUCUAAACCACUCUGUGCCCCUAUUGAAAAAGCUGGGUCUCCCUGUUAAUGCUGCAUUGACAAUGAAUUCUGGGAUUCAUGGCAAUGGCUCAUACUAUUACCUACUACACAGCAGUACAGGAAGCCAAAGGCUAACUCAAGAGAUGACGGUUUCAAAGAUGUCCGAAACAGUCAGAGUGAAGAUUCAUUUUAGACACACAGUGAAUUAUCUAAAGAAACUGGGAGUCCCUGCAAACAACAGCAUCCAGGUAGAGCUUGGCUCCGCUGAGGGGAAGGCCUUGACAUUACAGUCCCAGUUUGGAGGUCAGCAUGUGGGAGUGAAACUUAAGAUGAAAUAUCUCCUAACGACCAAAGAGAUCAGAGGAACCAUGUGGCACAGCUGGCCGUGGCUACGGGAGCGAGGACUGCCACUCAAUAUAGAGGGCCUGUGUUCCAUCCAGGGAGUCUUUUCUCAGCUUCAGUCCAGGGCUCGGCUCACUGUGGACGGACACAAGCUGCUCGCCUCCAGCUUGAAUAUCAGUGUGGCCGAUGGACGUCUAGCCCUGCUGCUCUCCUACUCUCUACCAGCUUCUAAUCAGACAGGGACACAGCACAUUCUGGACACUACCCUGACCGCUCAGUUCAAAGGUCCUCUGCGGAGCGCUGCUGUAGAUGUUCACUAUCAGGACUGGAGAGUCCGAGUGGUGGGGGACGUAGGAGGCUGGGGGGCACAUGGAGGGUCCAAGGAGGCCAGAGUAACACUAAAACACACUGUGCAGGGACAAACUAGCCCUGCCUUACAGGUGGAGGCCUGGGGAAGACUUACUGAGUCACAGCUGAGGUGCUCCAUGGCUGUGAACCCUGAACUCAGCUCCUCACUGGCACUCAUUAUCCAGGGACACCAUCUGCCUCAUAGCAAGGACCUGAUGGUGAAGGUGGUCCACAAUAUUCCCAGGAUGUUGGUUUACCUGCCUUCUCAGCUCAAUGUCCGCUCUCAGCUGAACCAGUCUCAGUCCAGUGUUGCAGGUUUGGUGGAGGUGUUGUCGGGCAGGAGGAGGCUGUGGGCUCUGGGGGAACUGGCAGCUAUAGAGAGUGGAUGGAGACAAGUUCUAGAGCUCAAACACUCAUACCCACAGUUAAAGCCGCUCCCCAGGACUGUCGCAGUGAGGACGGUGUAUGAGGCUAGGAACUGGAGCUACCAAGUUCAACAUGGAGCUGUGUGGGGCAGCCAGGAGUUGAUCUUGUCUGGUCUCUACUCUGCACCUCCAGCACUGGAGAUGGGGAACCAGAGCCUGAAGGUUCAGAUCAACUGCAUUCCCCGUUGGACUAGUUUGGAGGUGACUCUCGAGCGUUCCUUAUAUGGCCGUCAGGACAGUGUUUUAGUGGGCUGGACGAGGCAUGGCCGACUGGAGCAGGUCAGAGCUCUGAGCUCGUGGAGCCGAUCAGAGGAGACGAAUGAGACCAAACUGGAGCUGACACAGCCCUUCUCGUCCACACUCAGCCAGAUGUCCCUUCACACACUGUCACACAGCUCACAGAGGGAACAACGCAGCAGCCACCAUACCCAUCUGUCAUGGGACAGCACCACAGUCCCUGUCAAUAUCUCCGUCAGCCUGAACAAACAGUGGCAGAACAACUCCAGCAGGGGGCAGGCAUGUGCUCUAUUCGCAACGCAACAGAUGUCAGUGUCUUCUGUCAAAAGUUGUGUGUCAAUGGGUCAGGAGGGAAACUCGUAUUCACAGAAUGCAGAGCUGAGAUGGGACAACAGGAGUGUCAAGCAAAGCAUGAAAUACCAGAGGGGUCCACGGGGAAUGCACAGCCUUCAGAUGAAUGUUGGCCUAGAAAAAGUGUCUCCUGCACCCUGUCUGUCACACACACUCCUGACUAAAAUUCAGACCAACCUCAGGGAUCGCCUGGAGCACACAGUGCUGCUUGGCCUCUGCCCCCCACAGCCAACUUUGUCGUGGUCAGGAUCCCACAGAGUGAACUCAGGAGAGGAGCUGUUUUACACACAGUCCCGUCUAUCGGUGACAGGACGGCCACACCAGUGCAGCCUCACCUUCGCCUUGAUCAACUCCUCUACUGCUCAGGGCUCCAACAUGUCUCUGUUCUCUGAGUCUAGGAUUGGUAAUUGGAGUGUGGAGGUGGGGAGCAGUGCCCUGUGGUGGCCCCAGGGGUCUGGUCUCCAGGUGCAGGCCAGACUGGACCGCAGAGAGAAGAUCUGGCUGAACUGGACGGCAGAGGGACGAUGUCUUCAGACCACAGCAGGUUACACAAACGGUCCAGGUCUGAACGAGGACGUCACUGUGGUGGCAUGUGUGGGAACAAAUCGCAGUUUGAUGCUGGAUGUGCAGAAAAGAGACAGCAGCAGCAAACCUGAAACUCUGGGCAGUGUGUCUGUGGAAUUAGCCAAUCAGAGGCUGAUGCUGAGAGCAAGUGGCUGUUUGGAAAGUCUAACUGCAGUGGAGGCACGGAUUCAAUACUUGAGCUGUCAGUUACAGAAUAAGCUGCUGGAGAGAAUCAAGACAUUACAGUAUCACCUUGUUGAAUUCAGACAUCAGUCCAGGGACAGUGAGUUGCUCCAGGAGCUGAGCGCUGUACCCCUUCAUGUUUCCCAGCGAGCAGAGGCUCUGCUGGAGCACAGAGACGGAGGUUUGUUGGCUCUGUGGCAGAGCGGCCCCUUGCGUCGCAUUGUGACCGACAGCCUGCCUCGCUUUCUCAGUCUGCUGCAGCACGACUCUCUGCUGGGACAACAGGAACUGAGGAGGCCCCUAGCCACUCUGGCAGGUGUGUACCAAGAUGUGAAGGGCCAGAGGCUGGAGGCGUUGUGGAGGGAGGCUGUUUCUUUGUGGACUGACCAGUUGGUGGAGAUCCUAUCUGUGCUGUUGGAGAACCCUCAGCUGAGGCCGCUGGCUCAGGCCAGUGUCGCCACGCUCAGCGUCGCCCUGGAUGUGGCAGGACAGCAUACCUACCAUUGGGCGGAGACCAGGUUGGCAAUGGCUCUGUCUGGAAUCAGGAAACGACUGGCCUCUGUCUACAAAUUCUCCCCCAGUGAGUGUUUAGUGGUUGCAUCAGUAGCGCUGCCACCGCUGCCCUGGUCCAGGGUGUCCGAAGCUGGACUGGUGGAGAUCCUUCUGGAGGAGUGGCUCCUGAGGCCCCUACUGACCCUCACCUCCGUCAGGCCCACAGCUGAGCUUUACCGCCUUAAGAGGAAGAUCAUGGACAGCCCAUUUAUACACCAAGCUCUGUUGGUGGCAGAUCAGUUUGUGGUGACAUUUGACGGUCACCUGUAUGAGCUCCCGGGCUCCUGCCCACUGCUCCUCGCUCAAGACGUCAGCGCUGAGAUUUCAUUCACACUGCUGCGCACUUCAGACUUCCUUCUGUUAGAAAUGAGUAACAGCACAGUCAACAUUCAGCACAAUGGACAGGUGAAGGCCAACUGCAACAAUGCUGUAACACACGCGUUCCACAGUGACAAUGGAGUGGCUGUCAGGAGAGGGUCAAACAUUGUGCAGGUGUCCAAUCAGAAUGGCGUGUCAGUGUCAUGUGAACUCUCGCUUGAGGUGUGCAGCUUCACUCUCGAUGGAUGGUUGCAUGGCAGGUCCACUGGUCUGUUGGGGACUAAUGACAAUGAAGCAGGGAACGAUUUUCCUUUGCCUGAUGGAUCUCAGGCUGAAAACUUGGAGGAAUUUGUCUACAGUUGGCAGAUGAAACCGGAGUGUAUUAAAUCGCCAGGUGUAACAGAGCACUCUCCGAAAGCAGCCACACACCCUGUAAACUGUGACUUCCUGUUUUCCUCUCCUGAUUCUCCGCUGAGUUCCUGUUUCAGGGUGGUGGAUCCUGGUCAGUUCUUGUUGGUGUGUGAGUUGAGCUCCUCCAGAGCACCGUGUAGAUUAGCAUCUGCUUUUGUUCAUCUCUGCAAGCAGAACUACAUACCUCUGGAGGUCCCUGUCCAGUGCUUGAAAGCAUGAAGGGAAGACAAGCUGAUGAAGAGCAAAGAUGUGUGAUAUAUGACCUGUUAGCUGCUAAAACUGACACAUUUACACUUUUAUACCACUUAUAUUUUGUAUUACAUUUUGUACUCUAUUGUAUAGUUACACAUUGUUAUACCUCAUUUAAUGUACAACUUGGCCCUGUUUAGACAUGCAGAUAUUGUGCCAGUAAUGUGAAUGUGAACACUAACUAGAGCAAGUAGUUUAUUCUUAAUCAUGAGGCCUCAUUUUUGUAUUUUCUGUGCUCUGUAGUGCAAACACUGAAAAUAUUUGUGACUGACUUUAGCGCAACCCUAGUAACUAAUCCUCAUAACCAAACUUGGAUCAUAAAGAGAUCAACAAAUGUGUUUUUGAUAAAGUGCAUUUAUUACCUUGUUGUAUGCAACUGUAUGUUAAAUAUAGGUAUGUAUUUGUC